CCACCAGAGAUAAAGGGGAAGAAAGUGUUUGACAAGUCGAACGCGCGGGACAGCGGACGAGGAUUGUUCCGCGGCGGGCACCGGGGACAUGACACUCGGACACCGGGGCACUCCUCCGCAGCUUCACCGGGGCACUCCUCCGCAGCUUCACCGGGGCACUCCUCCGCAGCUUCCCCGGCGGGACGACGUGACCGCCCGCAGUGGAGGAACACGCUUCAUCGUGGAUUUGUCACCUUUUUCAUGCUUCUUUUUUGAAGUUAAGACAAGCUUUUAUUUGCCUAUUUAUCUUUUUCUUGUGGAUGAGCGCCAUUAUUAUUACUGAGGAUCCCAUUUUUUUGUUUUUAUUCACUUAUAUAAAUACAUUAAAAAAACAUUUUUCUUCUUCUUCAAAAAAAAAAGUGAUGUAAAAUAUAAUUAAAAGGAGCUACUUUCCAUUUUUUGGAGGGCCAAGACUGCUCACUUUAUUUUUAUUUUUAUUUUUUUUACCCACUUUACCCCCAAUGGAGAUCCACUGCAAGCACGACCCUUUUGCGGCGAUGCACAGACAUGGCGGCGUCAACCAGCUUGGGGGCGUGUUCGUAAACGGCCGGCCUCUCCCGGACGUCGUGCGACAGCGAAUAGUGGAGCUCGCCCACCAGGGGGUACGCCCCUGUGACAUCUCCCGCCAGCUCCGCGUCAGCCACGGAUGCGUCAGCAAGAUACUGGGCAGGUACUAUGAAACGGGCAGUAUCCGCCCCGGCGUCAUCGGGGGAUCCAAACCAAAGGUUGCUACACCCAAAGUGGUCGACAAGAUUGCCGACUACAAACGCCAAAACCCCACCAUGUUUGCCUGGGAGAUCCGGGACCGGCUCCUGGCCGAGAGAGUAUGCGACAACGACAGCGUGCCCAGCGUCAGCUCCAUCAACAGGAUCAUUCGGACCAAGGUUCAGCAGCCGCCGGGCCAAACGGGCUCAAUGACGGCUCACAAUUUAGCAACAUCAGUGGCCGCCACGCAGGUCCCUGCUGUGACCAGCGACUCUGCCGGCUCGUCGUACUCCAUCAGCGGCAUUCUGGGUAUCAGCUCGGCCGCUGACGUUGGCAAGAGGAAGCGGGAUGAAGGUCUACAGGAGUCGCCGCUGGCCAACGGGCACGGCCACAGUGGGCGGGACUUCCUCAGGAAGCAGAUGAGAGGGGAGCUGUUCUCGCCGCAGCAGAUCGAGGUAUUGGACCGCCUCUUUGACAGACAGCCGUCCUGUCCCAUCCAGUCCAGCUCUGACCUCUAUGUGAGCCCAGACCCUGGCAAGACGUCAGAUUACUCCUCCAUGGCGUCACUCGCUGGUGGUCUGGACGAGAUGAAGAGCAGUUUGGUGAAUGGCAGCACGGGGGCGGAGUUAGGAGCCAGCGUGGCCGGCCCACAAUCCUAUUCCAUAGUUCCAGGUCGAGACCUCGCCAGCACCACCCUGCCGGGCUACCCUCCUCACGUUCCGCCCACGGGACAGGGCAGCUACUCCGCCCCCUCUCUCACUGGCAUGGUACCAGGAGGAGACUUUUCUGGAAGCCCCUACUCCCAUCCUCAGUAUUCCACAUACAACGAAUCCUGGAGAUUUCCUAACCCCAGUUUAUUAGUGUUCCAGCAAGAUUACGGCUCUCUCCUGGGGACGGAGAUCGGCUGCUCGUCCACUCUCUUCAGCAGCCAGGCGGGACAGAUGCAAGGAUCGCCCUACUACUACGGCGCGACAUCCCGGGGGGCGGGACCUGCCGCCACGGCGACAGCCUCCGCCUACGACCGCCACUGACCCCACCCACUCCGAGGAGGAGGAGGAGGAGGAGGAGGACCGGGGGGGAUGGAGGAAAGGAUAGCACCAGCACCGCUCAGUACAAGCCUGCCCCGUGCACGGACAACGCUUAUUUUGACGUGGGUAAAUAUUUUUGGACUGCCACGGAGGGCGGAGCUUUGCACUGCUCACCUGUAGAGCCUUUCAGGUGACGCGGCGCCACUGAAGCAUGUCACCACUACAUUUCUACAACAUAGCGGUGAUUAAAAGUCUUGUGAACUUC